AUGGACCCCCCACCACCUGAAACACCUAUUGAAGCUGCUAGUGAAAGGGUUGCUGCACCUCCAGUCAAUACUACUGCAUUAGAAGGAGGUGGUAAUGGAGGAAGUCUGCCUGCUAAUCAAAACCAGCCACCAGAUGCUACUGAAGCAGCUACUGAAGUUCCUGCUGAUGCUGCAGUGAUUUACCUUCUACCUAAAAAGCGGAAGCCAAAUGCAAGUGGACCUCGAAGAACAUCAUCUAUUUGGGAACACUUCACUGAAUUAUCUAAAGAUGAGGUCAGUGACCCUACUGCAUCUUGCAACUACUGUGGUAAGAGGUACUUAUGUGAUAGCAAAACUCAUGGCACCACAAAUUUGUGGACACACUUGAAAACUUGUCCGAAAUAUCCAUAUGCAAUCACUGCUGACUCUUCCCAAACUGUCCUAACAUUUCCUCCUGGUAAAAGCGGAGACCUAACUGCAGCAAGCCUUAGAUUUAAUGCGGAAGCAUGUAGGAGGGCUCUUGCUAUGUUUGUUAUUCUAGAUGAACACCCUUUUAGGAUAGUUGAGGGAGCUGGUUUUAAACAUCUCAUGAAUUUACUGUCCCCUCUAGAUUUACAAUUUACUGUCCCCUCUAGAUUUACUGUCACUAGGGAUUGUUUCCAGCUGUACCUAGAUGAAAAGGUGAGGUUGAGAGCCUUUUUUAGAUCCAACUGCAAUAGGGUCUCACUCACUACAGAUUGUUGGACCUCUAUUCAAAACCUCAGUUAUCUAACUAUCACUGCUCACUUUAUAGAUAAUGAGUGGAAGUACCAAAAAAGAAUUAUUAGUUUUUCUGUAGUUCCAAACCAUAAAGGUGAAACCAUUGGUAGACAUGUAGAGGAGGUAUUGAGGGAAUGGGGACUAAGGAAGGUGUCUACAAUAACUGUUGAUAACGCAUCAUCCAAUGAUGUGGCCCUAACUUAUCUGAAAAAGAGAGUGAAGAAUAUGAAUGGGUUGGUGUUAGAUGGGGAGUACUUUCACAUGAGAUGUUCUGCCCACAUCUUGAAUCUGGUUGUUAAUGAUGGCUUGAAAGACCUAAACAGUUCUAUUUCUGGAAUUAGAGAUGCUAUUAGGUUUAUGAGGUCUUCCUCUCAAAGACAUGCUAAGUUCAAAGAGUGUAUUGAAUUUUCAAAUAUUUCUUCAAAAAAAUUAGUAUGUCUUGAUGUUCCUACUCGAUGGAACUCCACUUUCAUGAUGUUAGAAGCAGCUGAGAAAUUUCAAGUAGCUUUUGAGAAACUUGAAUAUGAAGAUGCAAAAUAUGUUGAAUAUUUUGGUGCUGAUGGCCCUCCUACUGCUGUGGAUUGGAAGUGUUCAAGGGUGUUUGUUAAAUUUCUUAGAAUUUUCUAUGAGGCAACAAAAAUAUUUUCUGCAUCAUUGCAUGUGACUAUACAUUCUCCUUUUCAUCAACUGGCUUUAAUUCACUGUGAGCUUAAAGAGUCUUGUCUGAGCUCUAACUCUCUUUUGAGAAAGAUGGGUAUGGAGAUGAAGCUAAAAUAUGACAAGUAUUGGGGAAAAGUUGCUGGCAUGAAUAAACUGUUGUACUUUGGGGUUAUCUUUGACCCUCGUUACAAGUUCAGCUAUGUAGAAUGGUCUUUUCAAUAA